GCGUGGAAAAUAGCGGAAUAAUGUUUAAUAGAAAUUUGGAUGAAUGGAAAAUUAAUCGCGAGUUUUUCAUAAGAAUGGCAAUGUCAAAAAAAUUUUUAAAAAUGCUUACAAAAAAAACUUAUGAAAAUGCUACAGAUAUGUUUAAAUUAUGGGAUGUUAUGAUAAAAGACAAUCGAGAUGUCGAUUUGGCCAAAUGGCUAGAAAAGUUCGCUGGGGAUAUGGCGGUCUCAACAUCAACUGGACUACAUGCUUAUUCAAUGUUUACUUAUUUUAAUUCGCAUGCUCCUGGCAUAAGUUACUACGACAACAAGAUUUUUAAACCUGUAAAAGAUUUGGAAAACCUUUUACUUGAACUAAUUCAAAGAAGACGUGCGGAAAUCGAUUUAUUAUCCAACGAUACUUUACUUCCGUCCGACUUUUUAACAUUGCUUCUUACUGUCAACACACCACGAGAUCUAGAUCAUGCUUUAUAUAAGUCAUUAAGCCGAUCGUUGAAAGAUCAUGAAAUUUUUGGCGUUAUUAGAGACAUUUUCUUGGGUGCCAUUGAAACGCCUGUAGAAGUUGGUGGAGAUCUAUGGAAAGAAGAACAAUUAUUUGUAUUAAAUUACCAGAAAAUAAAUAGUAAUAAAAAUGAUUGGAUUGAUGCUGAAAUUUUUGAUCUCGAAAGGUUUUUGAAGAAUGAGAAUAGUAAGCGAUCAAUAAAUGCUAAAGAAGCAAAUAAUAAAAGGGCGUUUGCAACAUUUGGUGUACUUUUGGUGGCAGUCUUAAUGAAAUACGAUAUGGAAUUUGUAAAUAAAGAUCAAGGAUUGGACUUAAUUUGGGCUUCAUCUUAUCAUUGGCGAGAACUUAAAGUCCGUCUAAGACCUAGAAUGCAGGAUACAUAA